GACCUGAUCUGCAGUGUUUACUUCCGGUAUAGGCCAAGCGUGUUUGUGAACAAGUCAUAUUAUAUAUGUACAUACGGCCCAACAAGCGAUAUUUCUCAUGAAUGAAAAAUACACCAUACUUUAAUUUUUAUGUAAAACUUAGAAAGCGUUCACAACAAUUCUCUUGCCUCCAUUUACUGAACAUGCUGAGUAUAAGUCAUGGCCUAAACUUAUCUCAAGCCCCCAACAUUGCCAAAUGGAAUACGUCCUUGUUUCGUUAACUUUAAAAAAAUAAAAUCAAAACUCACAAAACUAACACGUGACAUCCUCCUAGCCGAACCUACCACAGCAUAAAUAUGGACGCAUGUCAUAUCAGUCUAUUGUGCAUUGUAUUAACGUAUGUAAUUCACGCUAUUUUUGCUACCGAGGUGAACGUUGAUUUCAACAGAGUUCUGCAAGUGAUCGAUGACAAAUUUGUUGCCGUUACUCUUGAUUCACAUCUCAUACAGGAGGGAUGGCAGAAAUUCGAUUUUGGAUCAGAAAAAUUGGUAAACCUGGCUCAUGGUUUGGCGCCAUGCUAUCUGCGCCUUGGAGGAACUGCUGCAGACUUACUGACCUUUGAUCCUCAAAAGACAGCCCCAAACAAACCAUGGUCAGCUCAACAAUAUCAAGAGUUCCUGCUGAAGAAACACUACAAGAACUUCACAAUGUCAGCUACUGACUGGGAUUUGAUCAACAAGUUUUCUGCAGCUGUUGGCUGGGAGCUGAUCUUUGAUCUCAAUGUUUUGAUCCGAGACCAAGGAUCCUGGGACCCCACAAAUGCCAUGUUGUUGAUGAAUUAUACCAAGUCGAGAGGAUACAAGCUUGCAGGAUUUGAACUUGGAAAUGAACCAAAUGCCUUCCAUCAUGUGUUUGGUCGGACAGUGACAGCUGCUGAUUUGGCAAGAGACUUUGUACGACUGAGACAGAUCAUGGGCAGCUAUUCUCAGUCGACCCUCCUGGUGGGGCCAGAUGUCACAAAAGUCGAUAAGAAGAAUGUACGGCUUUAUUUUGAAGAAUUCCUGGCCUCUGGUGGUGGCAAAGUGGUGGACAAGGCAACAUUUCAUCACUACUAUGUAGACGGUCGCACUGCUGAUGUUGGGGACUUCAUUGACGCCUCCAUCCUGGAUAGUCUGAAAACAGAUCUGACUGAUGCCAUCACAACUGCCCAAGCCCAUGCCCCUGGGGUGCCUGUCUGGAUUGGAGAGACAGCCUCAGCAUACGGUGGAGGGGCUGAAGGUCUCUCAGAUGCAUACGUGGCAGGAUUCAUGUGGCUGGACAAGCUUGGCCUGAGUGCCCUGUAUGGUGUGAAGGGAGUUUUCAGACAGAGUUUCUACAAGGGCAACUACGCUCUGCUGGACCUCGACACUCUCGACCCAAACCCAGACUACUGGUUGACACUGCUGUACAAGAGGCUGGUGGGGAGGCAGGUGUUCCAUGUGACAACGACCUCAUCAAGCGACCGCCUCAGGAUCUAUGCCCACUGCACCAGCACCAACAGCAGCACCUUCGGCUACAAGCCUGGCAGCCUCACUGUGUACGCCAUGAACAUCGACAGCUCCAACACAACCCUGUCUCUACCCCAGUUCCAAGACAGGACUCUCCAUGUGUACUGGUUGACCCCAGGUGGUGGAGGCGGACUCAAGUCAAAAUUUGUAAACCUGAAUAACAAGACAUUGGAGCUGGUGGACAAGCAGCUGCCCUCACUGACCCCCAGUCACAGCUCAGCCAGCACCCUCAGCAUCCCAGCUCACAGCUUUGGCUUCCUCGUCAUCCCUGAUGCAAACAUUUUAGCUUGUCAGAAAUAACACAGUAGGCUUUCAGAAGGCUUAUUUAUGUAGCUAAAGCCAUGCUAUCAUGGUCAUGGUUUGUGUUACCAGCUAUGCAGGGUCAGAUCUGCUUCUCUUACCAUAUGGAGAUUAUUAGUCAGAUUUGUCAGUUCUUCACAUAUACAGCUGGUGAACCUAUCCCUAUCCCUGUCAGUUCUUCACAUCUACAGCUGGUGAACC